AUGACAAAGAAUCUUGUAUUUCGAUUAAAUAAAUCCUUAUUACAUCAUGUCAAAAGUUUUAAUAGAACAUUUUUAAACCAUAAGUAUAAUUCAAAUGCAAAUAUUGAAGGAUCACUUAAGAGAUAUUUUUCCAUAGAAACCAUUAAAGUACCUAGACUUGGUGAUUCAAUCACAGAAGGUACAAUAAAUGAAUGGAAAAAAAAAGUGGGAGAUUAUGUUAAGGCGGAUGAAACGAUAACAAUUAUCGAUACAGAUAAAGUUAGUGUUGAUAUAAAUUCUAAAGUAAGUGGAGGGUUAUCCAAAAUUUUUGCGGAUGUAGGAGAUGUUGUUUUGGUAGAUGCACCUUUAUGUGAAAUUGAUACAUCUGUAGAACCACCUGAAGAUAUUUGUAAAACUAAAGAGGAAGUAGGAGAAAGUAAAAAUAAUGAAAAUAAUUAUACAUUUAAUCAAUUAAAUAGAGAUAUUAAAGAUGAAGCACAUAUAAAAGAUGAAGUUAGUAAAAAUGAAAAAGAUAUUUUUGUAAAAGAUCCUAUAUGUUUUGGAAAUGAUUAUGAAUCAAUAAAUGAAAGAACAGAAAGAAGAGUCCGUAUGUUACCUAUAAGAAAAAGAAUUGCAGAACGAUUAAAGGAAUCACAAAAUACAUGUGCUUUAUUAACAACAUUUAAUGAAUGUGAUAUGUCAAAGGCAAUGUUAUUAAGAAGUGAAUUAAAUGAUAUAUUUCAAAAAAAAUAUUCAUGUAAAUUAGGAUUUGUAUCAUUAUUUAUGUAUGCAUCAACAUUGGCUUUAAAAAAAAUGCCAAAUGUAAAUGCAUAUAUAGAAAAUGAUGAAAUUGUAUAUAAAAAUUAUAUAGAUAUAUCUGUAGCAGUAGCUACACCAAAUGGCUUAACCGUUCCAGUUAUAAGAAAUUGUCAAAAUAAAAAUUUACCACAAUUAGAAUUAGCUUUAUCUGAUUUAGCUACAAAAGCACGAUCAAAUAAAUUAUCGAUUGAUGAUUUUAGUGGUGGUACAUUUACAAUAUCUAAUGGAGGUGUUUUUGGUAGUAUGUUAAGUACUCCUAUUAUUAAUAUGCCACAGUCAGCUAUUCUAGGAAUGCAUACAAUAAAAAAUAGACCAGUAGUUGUCAAUAAUGAAAUUGUUAUUAGACCAAUUAUGUACCUUGCCCUUACAUAUGAUCAUAGAUUAUUAGACGGAAGAGAAGCCGUACAAUUUUUAUGUGCAAUAAGAGAUUAUAUAGAAAACCCUAAUCUAAUGUUAAUUGAUUGUUAA